UGCCGUUGCUUAAAUCAGAUGGUUUUUAUUUAUACUUUAGUGCGAGUUUGCGCAUUUUAGGUGCAAGCCCUCCGUUCGUUGAUUGAAGGUUUUUGUCGAAUCUGUAGGCCGGUUUACGUAUUAAUAACUGAGUUAAUUCAACACCACUCCUUUGUGCUCCGACGCUACUCCAAAAAGAAAAACAAACUAGAUUCCAGACAACCGGAGAGGACAUCCAGCGAGCAUUUGUUCCCAGAGAUCGCAACAAUGGCACACGUAGUUAUUGGCGGCGGAACCGGUUUUAUUGGCCGGCGGUUGGCAAAAACCCUGCUAGCGGAAGGAUGUGAAGUUACAACCAUCUCGCGCAUGCCUGGUGUUAACCAUAUCAGCUGGCACGAGCUGGAGAAAGACGGUCUGCCGAAUGGUACGACGGCCGUGGUCAACUUGGCAGGUCAGAACGUGCUCGAUCCGACACGCCGGUGGACGCCUGGCUUCAAGCAGAACGUGUGGAACUCACGCAUCAACACAACGGCCGCCUGUGCCCGGGCUAUCGAGCGGGCCACGAUUAAGCCAAGCGUUUUCGUCAACAUCUCUGGCGUUAGCCAUUACGCAAGCGGCACCCAUAAGCACACUGAGGCGUCCAAGGUUUCGGAGUAUGAUUUUAUGUCGCGCCUCUGCAUCGAAUGGGAAAAAGCGGCUGAACUCUCCGACAACUCCAUCUGCCGCGUCGUACGCAUCCGGAGCGGGGUAGUGCUCGGCCGAGACGGAGGCAUGAUCCGGUCGCUCAUCGUGCCCUUCUGGUUUGGUCUAGGGGGGCCCAUUGGUGAUGGAAGCCACGAUUUACCCUGGAUUCAUGUGCAGGACAUCUGCAAUCUGAUCUUCUUCGCAAUCGAGAAACCGGAAGUGAACGGCGUACUGAACGGUGUCGCACCCCAGUUAGUCACUAAUGCAGACUUUACGAAAGCGUUUUCGUCUGCAUUGUUUCGGCCUGCCUUCUUCCCGCUACCGCUUUUCGCGGUCCAUCUGAUCUUUGGCCAAGAACGUGCUGUGCUGCUGACGAACGGGUCCAAAGUUAUACCCCAGCGUGCCCUAGAAUAUGGAUUCCGCUUUCAGUAUCCGGAUCUGCAGUCCGCUUGCAAAGAAGUGGCCCACCUAUUCUAGACCUCGCAACGCGUUCGAAAAGCGCCAACGAUCAACAAAGCCACACAAAUUCUCAACCGAAUGUUAGCCAUUUAUCACCUUUUUUAAUUCAUUUUAGUUUUAGCUCUUCGCGGAAUGAUUCUCCUCACGAUAAACAGGAGGGUGUAGUGCAUGCCAUCCUUAAUUUAUUCAGUACUGCAUGUGUCUGCACAACCUCACCGACGAUUGUUUUGGCCUCCACUAAUAAACAUCGGAGACUGAAGUAAAUAAAUAGUUUGUGAUAUGAAACUAAAAAUUUAGUUUAAUAAAAUAGAGUG